AUGGCGGGUGAUAGAGAUGAUGCGGCCAAGGUGGUAGAGUUGGCGAGGAAGAAGCUCGAGGAGUCGGCGACUGCACCCAUGUCGCGGCUCACCGAUGGCAGCGGCAAUGGCGAGUUUCGCAUUGUCGGGCGCAUGACGCUCCAUCUCCAGCACCGGCGAGGUGAGGGGCGGUGCGGUGGCACCGUGGGGCGGCAUUCCGGCGAGGCAAGGACAACCGUGGGGCUCGACUCGCCCUCCAUCUCCGGCUCCGGCACCGCAUCCAGGGCGCGGAGCGGGGCCGAGGAGAGGCCCGCCUUCGGGGACCGCACCAGCUCUAGCUUCGCGUCCAGGGAGCGGCGGAGCGGCGGCGAGAACGGGCCCGGGGAGAGGCCCUUCUUCGGGGACCGCACCAGCUCCGAGCAGAGGCAGCUCGGCCAGGAGUUCUACAAGGAUAUCUUCCCGGGGGACGAGCCCACGUCGCCCGGCGGGUCCACCAGCCGCCUGCUGUCGUGGUCCAGGUAUUUGGUUCAGUUAGUGCUCUACGGUUUUAUUUCAUACUCAACAACUGAAGUGAUGCGAACAAUAGCGGUGCCCGUUAUUGUUCUUAUCAAGUUGUAG